AUGGCCUCGCUGUUGCCGCGGCGGCGGCCGCACGGCACGGAGGUGAGCUGCGACUCGAGCGGGGACGUGACGGUGCGCCUCCAGCCGGGCCUCUCCCCCGCGCCCUUGCCGCGCCGCCGCCGCCCGCGCCGCCGCCUGCCGCAGCUGUUCGAGCGCGCCUCGGCGCAGUGGUGGAACCCCAAGUUCGACUCGAGCAACCUGGAGGAGGCCUGCCUGGAGCGCUGCUUCCCGCAGGCGCGGCGCCGCUUCCGCUACGCGCUCUCCUACACCGGCGCCGCCUGCCUGCUGUGGGCCGCCCACCUGGCGCUGCGCCUGGGCCCCGCGGGGAGGGCCGCCGUGGCCGCGCCGGCCCUGGGCGCGCUGGCCGCCUGCCUCGCGCUCUUCCUCUUCACCUUCUCGCCCCGCUACGCCCGCCACGCCGGCGCCGCCGCCCUGGCCCUCGUGCUGCUGCUCUUCGCCCUCACCCUCGCCCCGCACCUGCAGGCCCUGCCCGGCGCGCCCCGCAACGCCGCCGCCGGCCUCUCCCCCGUGGGCGGCUUCUCCAUGUGCGUCGGGGCCCUGCUGCUGCUCUACGCCGUCAUGCACCUGCCGCUCUACCUGAGCCUCUUCCUGGGCCUGGCCUACUCGGCGCUCUUCGAGACCCUGGCCUUCCACUUCCACCGCCACAGCUGCUGGGCGCCCCCCGGGGGGCCCCCCCUGCCCUACUGGGAGCUCCUCAGCAGGGCCCUCCUGCACCUCUGCAUCCACGCCACGGGCGUCCACCUCUUCAUCAUGUCCGAGGUGCGCUCCCGCAGCACCUUCCUCAAGGUGGGCCAGUCCAUCAUGCACGGCAAGGACCUGGAGGUGGAGAAGGCCCUCAAGGAGCGCAUGAUCCACUCCGUCAUGCCCAGGAUCAUCGCCGACGACCUCAUGAAGCAGGGCGACGACGAGAGCGAGAACUCCGUCAAGCGCCAUUCCACCUCCAGCCCCAAGAGCCGCAAGAAAAAGCCUUCCCUCCAGAAGAACCCCAUCAUAUUCCGCCCCUUCAAGAUGCAGCAGAUAGAGCCCGUCAGUAUUCUGUUUGCCGACAUCGUCGGCUUCACCAAAAUGAGCGCUAACAAAUCCGCACACGCCCUGGUGGGGCUCUUGAACGAUCUCUUCGGUCGCUUUGACCGGCUGUGCGAGGACACAAAGUGUGAGAAGAUCAGCACUCUGGGCGACUGUUACUACUGCGUGGCUGGGUGUCCUGAGCCACGAGAGGAUCACGCCUAUUGCUGCAUCGAGAUGGGCCUGGGCAUGAUCAAGGCCAUUGAACAGUUUUGCCAGGAGAAGAAGGAGAUGGUGAACAUGCGGGUGGGGGUUCAUACUGGGACUGUUCUGUGUGGCAUUCUGGGAAUGCGGCGGUUUAAAUUUGACGUGUGGUCCAACGAUGUCAACCUGGCCAACCUGAUGGAGCAACUGGGCGUGGCUGGGAAGGUGCACAUAUCAGAGGCCACGGCAAAAUACCUGGAUGACCGUUAUGAAAUGGAAGAUGGGAAGGUGAUUGAGCGAGUCGGCCAGAGUGUGGUGGCAGACCAGCUUAAAGGCAUGAAAACGUUCUUGAUAUCUGGUUUGAAAGUUAAGGAUCCUCUUUGCAGCUGCUCACAGACUCUGCUCCCGGGCCUUGAAGCAGGAGACAGAAGCAAGUUACAGGGAGCCUCAUCAGUGGAGGAUGUUGAGGACGUAGGAAAGGGUUGCAGACCACCAGAGAGAAACAAGACAUGCCCUUCAUGCAAUGUUACACUGGCACCCAGCUGCACACCAAGUAUAGAGGAAGCAGCUAUCCAGAAUGGAUGUCAGGAUGAACAUAAAAACCUCACAAAGGGUCCUGUGGGAUGCAGUCCAAAGGCUCAGAACGGACUCUUGAGUCCUCCACUGGAAGAGAAGCUGAGCAACAGCCAGACAUCGCUGUAUGAAAUGUUGCAGGAGAAAGGGAGAUGGGCUGGGGUGAGCCUGGAUCAGUCGGCUCUUCUGCCCUUAAGGUUCAAAAACAUCCGAGAGAAGACAGACGCUCACUUUGUGGAUGUGAUUAAAGAAGACAGCUUGAUGAAAGAUUAUUUUUUUAAACCGCCCAUUAACAAACUGAGCCUGAACUUCCUGGAUCAGGAUUUGGAGAUGGCAUAUAGGAGCAGCUAUCAAGAAGAGGUGAUAAGAAACACACCAGUGAAGACUUUUGCCAGUGCUACCUUCAGCUCCCUUCUGGACGUGUUCCUGUCUGCAGUGGUCUUCCUCAUCCUGUCUGUCACUUGUUUCCUGAGACACGGGAUGGCUGCGUCCCCUCCUCCACCUGCCGCGGUGGCCGUGGUUGUCAUCGCCAUCUUGUUGGAGAUGCUGUCCCUUUUUGUCUCCAUUAGAAUGGUGUUCUUUCUGGAGGAUGUGAUGACUUGCACCAAGCGCCUGCUGGAGAUGAUUGCCGGCUGGCUGCCGCGACACUUCAUUGGUGCCAUUCUGAUCUCUCUCCCUGCCAUUGCGGUCUUCUCACACUUCACUUCUGAGUUUGAAAACAACAUCUAUUGCACGAUGUUCAUGUGUUGUGCAAUCCUGAUCACAAUCGUCCAGUACUGUAACUUCUGCCAGCUCAGCUCCUGGAUGCGAUCCUCUCUGGCCACCCUCGUGGGAGUUGUCCUGCUCAUCUUGCUCUACGUGUCUCUGUGUCCUGACAGCUCUGUGAUCUCCCACCUGGACUCAGCGCAGAACUUAAGCUUUAUGGAAACCUCCUAUUUUGAUCCAACGCAGAACUUCAGUUCCCUAGACAAUCCAUGCAACAGGACAACCUCUGAGGACUUCAGGAAGCCAGCAGACUUGAUUGGCCAGGAGGUGAUUCUGGGUUUCUUCCUUCUGCUGCUCUUGGUUUGGUUUCUAAAUCGGGAGUUCGAAGUCAGUUACCGCCUCCAUUACCACGGUGACGUGGAAGCGGACCUCCACCGCACCAAGAUCCAGAGCAUGAGGGAUCAGGCGGACUGGCUGCUGAGGAACAUCAUCCCCUACCACGUGGCUGAGCAGCUGAAAGUCUCCCAGAGCUAUUCGAAGAACCACGACAGCGGUGGAGUGAUCUUUGCCAGCAUUGUGAACUUCAGUGAGUUCUACGAGGAGAACUACGAAGGUGGCAAGGAGUGCUACCGGGUGCUGAACGAGCUGAUUGGGGACUUCGACGAGCUCCUGAGCAAGGCGGACUACAGCAGCAUCGAGAAGAUCAAGACCAUCGGGGCCACCUACAUGGCUGCCUCUGGGCUGAACGCCUCCCAGUCCCAGGACAGCAGCAGCCCCCAUGGGCACUUGCAGACCCUCUUCGAAUUUGCCAAAGAAAUGAUGCGGGUGGUGGACGACUUCAACAACAACAUGCUGUGGUUCAACUUCAAGCUGAGGAUCGGCUUCAACCACGGGCCCCUGACAGCGGGGGUCAUCGGCACCACCAAGCUGCUGUACGACAUCUGGGGGGACACUGUGAACAUUGCCAGCCGGAUGGACACUACGGGGGUGGAGUGCCGCAUACAGGUGAGUGAGGAGAGCUACCGCAUCCUGAGCAAAAUGGGCUAUGACUUUGAUUACAGGGGGACAGUCAACGUGAAGGGCAAAGGUCAGAUGAAGACCUACCUGUACCCCAGGUGCAUGGACAAUGGGAUUGUCCCCCACCACCAGCUGUCCAUCUCUCCUGACAUCCGCGUCCAAGUGGACGGCAGCAUUGGGAGGUCUCCGACAGACGAGAUCACCAACCUGGUGCCUUCAGCGCAGAAUGCGGACAAGGUGCCCCACGCACAUGAUCAUAACUCAGAAUUUUUGCCAUAUUUCAAGAAGCUCCCAAAAGAGUCUGUAAAAUUGGACGACCGGCACAGGUGUGGUAAGCCUGUUGAGAAAAAUGACUGUGUAGAGGCUGGUCCUGAGGAGGCCAACGAACUGACCAAGCUGAACAGCUCGAGGAGCAUGUGAUGUCCUGGGAAGCUGAGUGGGGGUGAGCUCUGUCCCAAGAAACCCCGGGCAGCCCUCCAAGUGUGUGUGGGGGGGAGGAAGGGGGCAGGAGAGAGGCUUCCUUCUUCUUGCCUGGGUAGAUCACAGCCAUGCCAUGCUGGGCCAAUGCCCCUCUCGCUCUUUGCCACACUCUUUCAGCGGAGAGGAGAUAACAAGUGCCUUCAGGUAGAUUCCGCUGGACUCCCUCUUGAGGUACCGGGGCACAAAGGCAAACCGUAGGUCAAGGAUAUGAUGAAUACGUUCACGUGAUGAUAAACCAUGGCUAUAUCAUUUGUAUUGUUUCUCACAAACAUUGUGUUUUGGAAUUAUUAUUAUUAUUUUUUGGCUAUUGCAGAUCCAUGGAGGGAAAUAUAUAUAAAAAUAUAUAUAAAAUAAGCCUUUUGUAUGUAAACCCA